UUUCACAGCAACGCAUCACGACUGAAGACCGGGUUCGGAGCUGCCUGGACGGUGGUCCUGGCUCGUCCGAGCGACCCGAGCGGCGAAGUGCUGGGGCCGAUCGCGUUUGGCCCAUGGGUUCAUGACGGAGCCGACGCCAGAGCCACCCGUGUGCUGCCUCUUCCAGGAUGGGUCGGUCUGGCGGGAAAUCUUGGUUGUGUCCCAAUUGGCUCCGAAGCGCUACUGCUGCCUGAACUCCGACUGGGUGCUGUCGGACCUCGCCGGCGUGAGCAUGUUGGAGGCCUUGCGCAGUGGUGCGCCAUGUUUCUUCGGGAGCCCCUACAAGCCGCGGUUCCAUGAUGAGGAGGCGCAGAUGGGCGAGGCGAAAUGCCAUUGGCUGCGCUCCAGCAAGCCGGGACUGCCACUGCCCAACUUGCAUGGAGACCAUCCAGGCAAGUUUCAUCCCCAUAGCAUGCUCAAGCCUGGCCCCGCCGCAGGCGGCGGCGACGAGGCCAUGGAUCCUUUGCCACGUGGUGAGGGGCAAGGCGUGCUCAGCGAACAGAUGAUCCAGCAGCUGCAGAAGCACCUGAGCCGCUUGAAGGACCUCAUCUUGGACCCUCAUCAGUUCUUGCUGCAGGCCUUGGACACCUGGGAGAAGCUUCAUCUCUUCCUAGUGCCCCUGAUGCGUGGUGCGCAGCUGACCACUCCGCGGAAGCCCCAAACUCUGCACAAUCCGCUCUUUCCCUUGAACCUCCAAUGCGAGCAGGAUGAUGAUCUGGAAGAGGCUUCCUCCGAGCGCAGCGAGGAGGAGGCGGAGGCAGGGCGGGAACGCCGACUGGAGAGACAAAAGGCGGCCAAGGCGCAGAGAACUUGCAGGUGGAGAAUGCUGCAAGGUUUCCAGCGUGCCAUCGAGUGCAGCUGGCCAAUUUUGGAUCCAGGCACCAGGAAAAGCCUGCUGUCCUUUGCGGUGGACAAUCUCCGAGAUGGCUUGCAACAAGUGGUCGAGGAGGCCAUGAUGGAGCGACAGGAUCUGGAGGAGGUAGAGGAGUUGGGGAUGUCCAGCUUCUUGGCCGGGCAGUUGAGCCAGUUGCAGCUGGGCCUGGCAACCCAGAGGCGAUGGGUGGGCUGGAGCUGCGAUGUCCCGAAGAUGAUCCUGAAUGACUUCGAGAGCCAGGUGGGCCUUUCCAGGAGGUCCAAGACGCACCGGUACUUCGGCAAGAUUGUGUGCCAAACCAUGCAGGAGUCUGGCUGUCCCGUGAUGAAGCCCCUCCUUUUCGAGAGCGAACGGCUUCACCUCUGGACCAAGGCAGUGACGAAGAUGUGGAAGAUCUGGCACCGCAGCUGGCCGUGGUCCCCGUCCCCGAUGUCCGCCGUUCUUCCGCGGGCGCCCGUGGAAGAUCUGGGGAUCUGGGGUCAACUGCCGAAGGCAGCGCAGCACGUGACGCUCAGCUUUCUGCUGGAUUGGCCCACCUUCAACCAGCUCACGGCGACCUGCAGCCGGCUGCGCACGCUCUGUCACGAGCCGCCCAGCUGGGAAGGUCUCCAGCUCAAGGCCCAGGAGUUGGACUCUCAUGCCUGCGGCUUGUUGGAUGACACUGGAAGGCAAGUGCUUGACCGAGAGCCUCACAUGAACCACUGGACCGUACGUUUCUGCCGCUUGGGCAUGGCCUUGGGACACUCCGAACGGCCCAUCCUGGUGUGCUCGGGGAGUGCUCAGUUUGAGAGUUUGGCACGGCACUUCAGCCUGGACGGGGUCGCCUGGCCGAUGGUCUUCUCGCAGGCGCAGCUCUCGAGGUUUGCUUCGACUCCGGGGGCGCAGAGGACGAGGAAGUCAAUGAAGUUUGGUGACCAGCCAGGACCCUUUGAUGCGCAACAAGAGUUUCUGGUCACCGUGCCCGAGAUCGCCGAGGCCCUCUCCGAGCGCCGGGGCCUCUUCGCCGAAGUGGCGCUCUCACCCAGGAGCUAUCCUGGACUGGGUGGCACCUGGUACGAGGUCACGUCUGUGGAGGUGCUGUGGAGCUUUCGCCCCGAGGCCUUUGAGGCUUUCACCACGAAAACCUUUGGAGAAGCCGCGCUCUGGGGGGGACACCGCGUUUGUGAGCGCUCGAACGAACAUGCAAACGCGCUCUUGCAAGCAGAGCUUCUCUCCUUGUGCUUCUUCCAGAACUGGCCAUGUAGCUCUGCCAGUGCCAUCCAGGACGCUCGGAAGCUCUUCCUCCUGGGCCAUGGCUCCAAGCCAUCGCCUGCGGCGUCGCUGGAAGCGGCGGCGGCACUGCUGCGGGGACCGGCUCCUCCGAAUCAAGAUGCUGAGCUGGGCCCAGGGGUAUACCUGACGGCAGAGUCCGAGGAUCCGGAAGAGGAUGAGGAAGAUGAAGAGGAAGAAGAGGAAGGUUGUCUCUCGAGGGCACCCGGACAGCUGGUGGUUCAAGCACCCUAUCGACUUCCUGAUGUGAGUCUGGACUUCACCAGCGGUUCACAGCUGACACUGGCCAUGGUCAACGUGGUUCACGGUCGCCAUGCGCUCCGUUGUGGCCUCGUGGUCCUUCAGGACCGGAAAGUCCUGGGCUGCUGCUGGUGCAAAGGGCCUCCAGCAAAUCGAUUCUCCCAGACGCGCGGUUUGGGGACGCGGUUUUACCUGGAAGCAGCGAGUGGAAGCCAACUGGGCUUUGCGGCACAAAAGCUCUCCAGUGGGCCCUGCCUGGAGGACUUGCUGAAUGCUCUUCAGGGAGCACCCUACAUGCGCACGAAAGCGCGCAACCAAUGAGGCUCCAGCCGUUGGGCCAAACCAUCGCUUUUACACAACUUGCUGCAGCUACUCGCAGUCCGUUUGGCGGCGAAAGAGCGAUUGGUGAGAUGAUGGGAGAAGCGCGUGU